AUGGCCCCCAGAUUUCUCAAGGAGCUACGCCGCCGGUCCAAGGCUAGUUUCCGUACCGAAGCUUCCACCGACACAUCUAGUGAGGGCGCCGUGAGCCAUGGUACUGCCGCUUCCAGCGGUUCCGUCACCCCGCCUUCCAUUGCCCACAAUUCCGAUCCUGCUCUCAACCUCCAGCUCAAGGACAGCGGCGAACAGCUCACUCAGACGUCCUCGCGCCUAGCUCUACCCGCCAAUGGAGGCAAUUCCAGCAGACUCAGUACCCAGAGCGUUCCCGGCAUCUCCGGUCUGGGUUCCCCGACUCUUGGUGGAAAGUCAAACACCCCCCUGUCUAAAUAUGCCCCGCGUGUCUAUCAAAAGACAAUUCUCCUCCACGGCACCAUUGGCGAACCCAGCACCACCACAACCCCCAUGGACGGCACAAUAACGCUCAGCAGACUAGACGACGACAUGCCUGCCACAAGCUGGCCCGUCUGCGAUUCUCACUUCAAGGCCAUGGCCUACCUCAACCCCGGCCCCAAUAAGCUCCGCUUCGACUUCGCCUCCCCCAAACUGGCCAACAGUAGCUCUUCCAACCCAAUUCACUCCUCUCACCUCACUAUUCACAUGAUUCCCUCAAUGAGUUCUCCGCCACUGCAGCUUGCCAUUGUGCUCGCCAAAGAUUCUCCCGCUACAUAUUCCGCUGCCCCCACGCGCGCUGAAAGAGAAGGCAACGGCCUGGAAACCGCCAUUCGCAAAUACAGAAUGGCUGCAUAUCUCUGGCAAGCAUUUACUGCCGAGCAAAUGUGGCGCAACAAAAUGGGACGCAGGACAUUUCGAUUCGAAGAGGAGUGGACGACAGGCUCUACGAAUUACCGCGAUCGCGAAACUGGCAACAUGCGAUCCGAGGCCAGAGUGCACGUUAUACGUAGCGACAAGACGGUUGCCGAGCUGCAACAACUGGCCGACUCUCAGAAAACGACAAUGGCCAGCAGGGAGAUCAUGCAUGCGGUCGUGACAAGUGCUGUCAGCGCCUACUUUCAACCACUCCCCGGCCAAAAAAACUACGUAGCCGCCAUGCUCCUCGAUACCGAUUGGGGCCUCGCUUCCAACAACGACCCGGCUGAUCUGGCAUCAGCAAGCAACCCCAACGCAACCAAUAUAGCAUUAUUAGGCUCCCAACAUCUGCAGCAUUAUCCCUCGAGCCUGGAGGAAAUUGUACCAUCGUUUACCGACUGCACCCCAACCGACACACAAUAUAUCAAGAAUCAAUGCAGCGAGGCGGGUAGUUCGUGGGAAGCUGCCAAUGCCGGUAUUGGUGCGCACUUGCAACAAGUUGGCCGUCUGUUUGGUUGUCCACGCCAAGAAACAGGUGUCAUGCUGAAAGAUUAUGUCGUCUUCAGCCGUACAUUUGUUACCCGCGAAGCGUACUCGACGAGAACAAAAGCGAAAGGAGGUUUGGCGCUACAAGGAGACGAGUGUGCGUGGCACAGGCUGGAUUGUCUUCGAUUCCGUGCCCAUCCUGCCUUUCGAAUCCCACGCGACCCACCUGCUCGGUCUGACGCCAGUGUCCAGGCGUACGCCGUUGAGAAUGGAACUCUGUUGGCCAUCGCUCCGUCUGGCAUCUCGUUUAUAGAGAUUUAUGGCGAAGGUGAUCAAGUUUGCCGUUCUUGGAUGGAAUUUCCCCUGGACAGCACCACAACACACCGCCAAAUUUCUCUAUCAGAGCAAGAUAUCAUAACACGACUGCCAGAAACAAUGCGGAAAGGCCCCGUCCGACUUUCCAUCAAGUCUCACGGCGGCAAUUCUCUGGAAAUCGACAAUGUCAAACAGUUCAUAUCCAAGGCCCAGGCAGUCAAGAUUAAAGGCUCGAAACAGGGUUUCCGAAGCUGUCAGAUUGGAACUGUCCAGCCUCCAAACACAGAUCCGGAGGAUCUGUUAUUUAGCUCGGCUCAGUCGGAAAGAGUCAUGGUACGAAUGAACGUCUACCAUGAUGCCGACGUCAUUUACGGACUCGAGUUUGUGUACGACAACGACGACACCCAGCUAUUCGGCACCCGCGCAGGAAAGGUCGGGGGCGAUACCUACGACUUUGAUCUGCGACGAGGCGAGUACUUGAGUGGCUUCACAGUCAAGGGAGGACCAAGGAUACAUGGCAUCCAGCUUUUGACAAGUCUGGGCCAUAAAUCCCGCAUAUUUGGCAAUCCGUAUGGCGGAUCAAGCCACACUAUCCUUCCCCCAAGAGGGUACACGAUCUGCGGAGUGUCAGGCACCCACAGAUCUCAGCUCGACAGCAUCUCUGCAGUGGUCACGCGAUGA